CAUCUUUCAAAAGCCUUAAAGUAAAAAUCAAAUUUUUGUCAUGAAAUUCUUCUUUUGUGUAAUUUUUGCCAUUUUUGCAUUAUUGGCAAUGGGAGCAAGUGCAGAAGCACGCGGCAAGCCUCCAGCGCCUGGAAAAGCUUGCACACCAGGUUCAACAUGGAAAGAAAAUUGCAAUACAUGUACUUGUACAAACGGUGGAUACCCAGCUUGCACUAAAAUGGCUUGUCCUCCAAGUACUUCAAAAACAGGCUGAGAAUAUUUAAUUCUAAAUAAAUAUUGAAGAAUGUAAAAUAAAAGUACUACACAAAUUUUUCCAAAAAAAUCUAAUUUAUAAAACAAUUUCGAAACGAGUAAAAUUUCAAACAGAAUAAAAUACAGUUUUUUUUUAAUUUUUGUUAAAGAAAUAAUGAAUUUAAGCUUCUAAAAUAUAAAAAAUAAAAAAAUUACUUUCGUUAAAAUGAAACAAGAAUUUUUAUAACUUAUGUCGAUAAUCCAUGAUGUUGGUUUAUUGUAUUAAAAAUGUUUUGAGAACAAAAAUAAAUCAAUUAAAAAUGUUUUUUUAAAUUUAUCAGAGAGUCAAAACCAGUUUAAAAAUAUUUGAAGUCUUUGAAAUAAACCUAUUUAGUAUUUACCCUAAAAUUGAUUAAAAAAUCACAGAAUUGCUUUAAUAUCACGUUUCCAAUGGAAUAUGCAAAUGUAAAAAAAAUAUUAUCGGUUGAAGUUGUAUAAAAAUGUAAAAUAAGUUGGUUAUUAACUCAGUCAUCUUUUAAAAGUCUUCAAGUAAAAAUCUAAGUUUCAUCAUGAAAUUAUUUUUUUGUGUGAUUUUUGUCAACUUUGCAUUAUUGGCAAUGGGAGCAAGUGCAGAAGAACAGGAACACAUUAUCGACCAGACACCAGCGCCUGGUAAAGAUUGCAUUCCAGGUUGGGUUUACCGUGAAAACUGCAAUACUUGUAUAUGUGGUAAUGAUGGAUAUGGACAUUGCACUUUGAUGAUUUGUCAUGGCUAUCCUGAAAAACCUCAGAUUAUUUACUUACAUAAAAUAUCAAAACCCGAAGACGACAUUAUCGACCAGACACCAGCGCCUGGUAAAGAUCCUGAAAAACCUCAGAAUAUUUUCUUACAUAAAAUACCAAACCCCGUACAAAAAGUGAUAGACAGACUUCUGUAAAAAUAAUUCAAACCAAAUCCCACAUUUACGUUCAAAAUGUAGGUAUACAAAUUUGUUAAUUCUUAAAGUCUUCAUGAGAAAUAAAACGAUUUUCGU